AUGUUGCAUUUGCAAUCGCCUCCCACUGGCUUCUGUUUGGGAAGCUGGUACCGGGACGUUGCCACCUUUUGCAGCUGCUUCCAUGUGUUCAUGGCGCAAAUAAUCGCCGUCAUCAACAACAACACUGAACAGAGCAGAUCAGAGCAGACCAGGCCAGGCCGGGAUCCAGGACCCAGCAGGACCCAGGCAACCAGAAUGAUGCUGGGAGGGGCGGGUAAAGAUGAGUUGAGAGACGUUGACGCUGACGCCAUUAGCACCGAGUUUUGCAGCAUCAACGACAAACUUUAA